AUGGCCAUGAAUGGGACCGAAUGCUAUUUCCAGUUUUAUUCCCCCUAUGCACAGCAGAAGUUGAAGAACACUGCCUGCUUCUGGGAAAGACAACCCUCAGGCUGUAUGAGGACUAACUGUGCCUUUCGGCACAGCAAACCUCGUCAUAUCAAUGGACUUUUUCUGCCACCUACUACCAAUGCUCCUUUGCCACAGGGUGAUGAAGAAGAGAUUCUGUCUCCAGCCCAGUGUCAGGGUGCACUCACAGGUCCAGAGAAUAUUGUAAUACCAAUUCACCCUCCACUGAUUAUAAACCUCAAUGAUGAAGAGGAUGAUGAGGAAGAUAAUGAAGAGGAUGAUGAAGAGCACUAUGUUUCUGACUGGGUGCCUAAGACUACUCAGGCCAUCGAAGAGGAAAAAGUGAUAAAGGAAAUAUGCUAUAAAUCUGGAGAUUUUUAUGGGAUUCAGCGCCCUGAGCAGCAGCAGUCACCCAAUCGUGUGUCACCAUCUCAGGAGCUACGGCGCUUGGAAGCUGCCCAGGGGGACUUGCAGAAAGGCAAGUACUUUUCAUCACCUCGGACAAUGAGUACCACUUGUGAAAUGACUCUUACAAGGAGAAACUGUGACACAGUUUGCUCCUCCUCUAAGGAGGAGUCUAAGGCAUUUGCAAGUGACAGCAACAUAGUUCCUCCAGAACUCAAAAACACAAGUAGAGAAGGAGGGAGUACAGGAAGGAGAGUAGCAAAAGGGAGUAUUUCCAGUACAGCUUGCAGAUCCUUUGAAAAUGGAGGAAGCCACACUGCCAGCCCCAAAGUACAGCCCAGUUCCAAAACAAAUGGCCAAUGUAAGGAUGGUGAAACUUCUUCUCUUCCACAUAAGAGAGAAACCGGGAGAAAGUCUUACUUCAGUUCUUCAGAACCGCGAAGAUCCGCAUAUGUAGUCUACCGUACUGUCACUGUCACCCAAGAACCUAAGUUCGCUGAACCUAGAGACAAAUACACCUCAGGAUCCUAUAAUGCACCAACUUGGGGGAAUAGAAAUCCACAGGCAAAAACAUUCUCCAAGACUAAAACAACCAUUCAGAGACAAGAAGACAUGGAAGUGAACCGAAAAGGAAAACUAGGUGAAGAUGGGAGGGAGAGGAAGCGAUAUCUUGAAUUCAGAAGAAAAAUCUGA